CUUCUCUUCCCUUCCGAAAUAAAUCAUCUAAUAGAUACACAAGAAUGGAGUGCCGUUCAGGAAAAUGUGAGCGUCAAAAUUACGUCCCUUAACUUAACAAAACAUCAUCCCGUCCUCUCGUUUAUCAACCAUGAGUUAAAACCCUAGUAAAACCCCAACUGUAAAGUACAGCCGUUCUUCUGAAGAGAAAUCGAUAAUGAACACUAGUCGCGUGUUCUUCGGCAGAGCGAGAUGGAUUAGUACGGCGGCGGUGGAGGCGGCAGCAGCGGCGGCAAAGCAUCAUCGGGGGAAGCAAGGGCAGCUUUACCAGAGGUUAUCAGCGUUGGGAAUUAGCGGAGGGACAGCGGGGCAGGCAUUAAAUGAGUACACAAGGGAGGGUAGAAUCGCCAAGAAGCCCGAGCUCGAGCGAUGCAUCAAGGAACUCCGCAAGUACGGUCGAUAUCACCAUGCUCUCGAGAUAUUUGAGUGGAUGGAGAUGCGGGACACAAGCUUCACAUUCCGUGAUUAUGCAAUACGCUUGGAUCUUGUGUCAAAAGUUAGGGGAAUAGCUGCAGCUGAGAAUUACUUCAGCAGCCUGUUAAAACCUGAAAAGAACAAAUUUACAUAUGGCGCCCUACUAAACUGCUAUUGCAAUGAAAAAAUGAUAGAUAAGGCCCUGGCUCUCUUUAAGAAGAUGGAUGAGAUGAACAUUGCCUCUAAUACUUUGACAUAUAACAAUCUUAUGUCACUCUACAUGAGAUUAGGCCAGCCUGAGAAAGUGCCUCCCUUGAUUGAGGAGAUGAGACAGAGGAACAUCCCGCCAAGCACAUUUUCUUUCAAUCUCCUGAUGCAGAGCCACUCAUGCUUGAAUGACAUUGAGGGAGUAGAAAGAGUAUUCAAUGAGAUGAUGACUGGAAAUGAAAAGGAAUGCGAUUGGACGACAUAUAGUAAUUUGGCUGCUGUUUAUGUUAAGGCUGGACUUCAUGAGAAAGCUGAGUCUGCCCUUAUAAAGUUGGAGGAAAAAAUAGGACCUGCUAAUCGUUUGGGACACCAUUAUCUGAUUAGUUUGUAUGCCGGUACCUCCAAUUUAGGUGAAGUCCUUCGGGUUUGGAAUUCCCUGAAGACCAAUUUUCCAACAAUCCCCAAUAUGAGUUACCUUAUUUUUCUUCAGGCUCUUGCCAAACUUAAUGAUGUUGAUGGUUUAAGGCGUUGCUUCGAGGAAUGGAAGUCAAGUUGCUCCAGCUAUGACAUCAGGUUAGCAAAUGCUGCUAUAGGUGCUUACCUGAAAAAUGACAUGUUGGUGGCAGCUGAAUCGGUGCUCCACGAGGCCAUGAAGAGAUCAAAGGGACCUUUUUUUUGGUCUUGGGACAUGUUUAUAGCGUUUUUCUUGAAGCAAAAUCAAGUCGGUUCUGCUUUGAAGUGCUUGAAGGAAGCUAUAUCAGAUGUUAAGGACAAUGAAAGGCAUCCAAUCUCUGUCAGUCUCGAUAAAUUUUUGAAGUAUUUUGAAGAAGAGAGAGACGUUGAUGGUGCUGAAGAGUUAUGCCAGAUGUUGAAGAUGGUUAACCAUCUUGAUUCCAAGUUCUACCAUUCUUUGAUUCAGAUUUAUAUCGCUGCUGGCAAACCAGUGCCUGAUAUGUGUUGGAGGAUGGAGGAGGAUGGUAUUGAAAUCAACUCGGAGAUAGAGAAUUUGCUUGAAAGGGUGUGCCCUAAUGACUUGACAUCGCAAACAGUUACACUCGAAUGAUGACUCCAUUUCUUAGUCUUUUGGGAGCAGUGGAAAGUUGGAAUUGUUUUCAGCAGAAAUAUCACUUUGUUGAUGUUAAACUUGUUUGUGGGGAAUAUUAUUUUCCCCAUUUUGAAGAGGAAAUUGCAUUUACAUUUUGAAUA